CAUGCCCCAGAACAUUGUCAUCGUCGGUGGCGGUAACGCCGGCAUCUCCAUCUUCAACGCCCUCUCAGAAAAACUCACCGCGUCCGAGGCCAAAAUCAUCCUCGUAACCCCGCGUGCGCACUUCACCUCACUCCCUGCGGCUCUCAGGAUGGUCGUCACCUCUGAGGGCGACCUCGAAAACAGCGUCUUGAUGCCCUUCCCUCCGACGUUCAACCAAGGGAAUCGAAAGGUCGUCCUGGCUAAGGUUGUAUCUAUUCAGGACGACAAGGCAGCGGGGCGCUACGUAACACUGGACAACGGCGAUAACAUCGAAUUUUCUGUCCUCGUUCUUGCCCCUGGAAGCAAGUGGGAAGGGCCGAUUGACUUCCCCGAGAAUCGCGAUGGACAAUUGGAAUGGAUUAGGAACUGGCGGAACGACUUCGCGAAGGCGAAAAGCAUUGUACUCGUUGGCGGCGGAGCUGUUGGAAUUGAACUAGCUGGAGAGCUCAAAGACACAUUCCCGAAUACGGCGGUUACGAUAGUCCACGGACAACCCUUCCUGCUGAACCCGACAUAUCCAGAGAGCUUCCGGAAGAGCUUUGGGAAACGCGUUACCAAGCGCGGUACCAGACUGGUCCUGAACGACUACCUCGACGACUUCAUGCCUAAAGGGGGCAAGGUCAUUACCCGAAAGGGAACUGCCAUCCCGGCCGACCUCGUGGUGCCCACACGAGGACCUAAGCCCAAUACCGAGUUCAUCGAGAGUCUGGGACCUGACGCGCUCAACAGCGCCGGCUAUGUCAAAGUCAGACAGACACUACAACUCGCCAGCCACCCGCGGAUCUUCGCAGCUGGCGAUGUGAUAGACGUCGCAGAAGAAAAACAGGCCGCGAAGACUGCCGCGCAUGCUGCCGUCGUCGUCGCAAACGUGGUCUCGAUCAUCCGCGGCACCGACGACACGAAGCCGCUGGUCCCAUACAAAGGAUCAAUGGAGCUUAUCCUUAUCACGAACGGAAAGAAUGGUGGCGCUGGAUACUUCGAUGUCCUCUGGGGUAUCACUGUUGGAGAUUUCUUCGCGAGUGCGAUGAAGUCGAAGACUCUGAUGAUCGACAUGAUGAAGAAGAGUUUGAAGCUCUG